AGGCGAGAGCAGCUGGAUCGUCCGCUGCUGUUGACCGGACUGGUUUGGCUUGUCACACGCCCUCUGGGGCAGAGCAUGUACCUCACUCAGGGACGACAUCACGGGGUUUUUUAAUUUAUUUUUUUUAAAAAGGAGUGAAAGGACAGCCGUGAAACUGUGAAAAACAGACAACACGACUCAAGGAUGGGCGAGCGGGAAGACGCGAUGUUUAAAACCACGGGGUCCAAGUGGCUGCAGCCUGUCGGCGGAUACCUGGGCUUAACCCUGGAACAGGUGAAUUUCCUAGCCUGCCAGCUGUUCGCCCUGGUGGCUGCCUUCUGGUUUCGUCUCUACCUCAGUCCCAAACACGCCAACCCCAUGGUCCGGCAUGCUGUCGCCGCGCUCCUUGGGAUCGCCUUUCUCCUCUUCUGCUUUGGAUGGUACUCUGCUCAUAUCCUGGCUGUUGUGGCUGUAAACUAUUUGCUCAUCAUUAAAGCAGACAUCAACAAUGUACACAGGUACUCCAUGGUGACAGCUAUGGGCUAUCUGACAGCGUGCCACGUGACCCGAGUCUUCAUCUACAACUACGGCAUACUUUCCACGGACUUCUCCGGACCUUUGAUGAUUGUAACCCAGAAGAUAACCACGCUGGCUUUCCAGCUCCAUGACGGCAUGUGUAAGAAAGGUGAAGGGCUGACGUCGGAGCAGAAGCGCCUGGCCAUACACGUGAGGCCGUCUCUCAUUGAGUAUCUGAGUUAUAAUCUGAACUUCUUGAGCGUCUUGGUGGGGCCUUGCAGCAGCUAUAAGGACUACGUCGACUUCAUAGAGGGCAAACACAUCAGCUGGAGGCUGAAGCAGCACCCUGCAGCGUGCAACGGGCAGAACGGCUACGACAAGACACCCGAACCGUCCCCUCGCGACGCAGUGUGUCGGAAGCUGCUGGUCUGCUGCGGCUGCAUAACGUUCUUCCUCGUUAUCACGCGCCGUCUGCCCAUUACCUAUAACGCAGAUGACCACUUUGUCAGCCACGCCUCCUUCCUCACCAGGCUAACCUAUGCUUUCAUCUCCAUACAAGCAGCAAGACCCAAGUUCUACUUUGCCUGGACGCUUGCUGACGCGGUAAACAACGCAGCAGGUUAUGGCUUUAUGGGGAUGGAUGAAAGUGGAAAACCCUCCUGGGACCUCGUUUCCAAUCUCAACAUCAUCGGGAUUGAGACAGCAACCAGCUUUAAGACCUUCAUUGACAACUGGAACAUUCAAACAGGAAUCUGGCUCAAGACGGUGUGCUAUGACCGAGCUCCGAAGCACCGCUUGGCGUUGACCUUCAUCCUGUCGGCCCUGUGGCACGGUGUUUAUCCAGGCUACUACUUCACCUUCCUCACUGCUAUCCCCAUUACCAUAGCAGCAAGAGCUAUCCGGAGGUCUGUUCGCCACUACUUCCUCGGCUCCAGGGCCGUGAAGCUUGGUUACGAUGUUGUAACUUGGGCAGCGACCCAGCUAGCCAUCUGCUACACUGUCAUGCCCUUCCUUCUUCUCUCAGUAGACCACACCGUGGUCUACUACAGGUCUAUGUACUUCCAUGUCCACAUCAUCAGUAUUCUGGCUGCCGUUGCUCUGCAUCAGAAACACAAACCCAGAGAACCCUCUGCCACCAACAAGUCGCCUCCCCCCGUCUCCUCCUCAUCCUCCUCCUCCUCCUCCUCCUCCUCCUCGGCUGCUUGCUCAGCUCAGUGCCAGGCUGUUCACUCCAACAAUAACGGCAAAGUAAACUGAGACUCUUGUCUUCACUUUUUUUUUUUUUUUCUUUUUGUUUUUUAGCCCAGCUUGGGAGUUUUCUAGAAGUGUGUGAAAAAGUUAUGCUAUUUAUUUCUCCGCUACAAUACAAAAGACUCAGGCCGUAUUCCUGAUGCGCUGGAUGUACACAAUAGGAGCCUUCAGCCAUGUUGGAGGAUUAGCAGCCUGCACAGAACAGAACAGCACACAGACUGCAAGGAGAAGCAGAAACCGAGGGAAUAUCUGUGAUGCCCCCCCCCCCCCCCCCCAUGCAACCUCUCCACCCACCAGACACCAGCUUCAACCUCAAUGCCCGAAUGUGAAAAGAGAAACGAAGCUCUCUCUCUCUCUCUCUCUCUUCUGCCCCCUCCUCCUCAGCUGGUGGGAUGGGAGCCAGCAGCACAGUGGCAAAUACCAGGCGCCGCACACACACACACACACACACACACUCAUCUAUAAACAGACACGAGGAAGCUAAUAUGCACAUGCUCCUCCGACAUGCUUGCACUCGGUCACACCGGCGGCGCACAAAGGCCGCCCUUGUGAGUCCACAGAAGAGCGCGCAGAGAGGGCGCUGGGCUGCAGCCGCCGCCGCACCUACAUCACCCAGAGGAUGCGGUAGAUUCGUCUGGAUAAUGAUCUGACCCAAGCUACAUGCCAAACACCCUCAAUCGGCAACGACGUGUCAGUAUUACUCUCGCCACAGAUGGACUGGGAUGAAGACCACAGGAGCUGCUCAGUGGAGCACAUUCUCUGGAAAAGAGGAAGAUUCCCAUUUAUGAUUCCACUGAUAACCCGACUGAUGAUUAGAAACGUCGAUGCAUAGCCGCAAUAAGAGAUUUAAGGAUGAAACACUCUGUUUUUAUAGGCUGGUGAAUGUAACUUCUCCUUUUCUUGUGUCUGUGUUCCUGCUAUAGAAGCACAAAUUUAAUAUCGCCGUGCCUAUCAUGUGUUCAGGGCUGGAUACCUGUUACUAUGGUAGAAAGGAGCUGGGUUAAAACUGGAAGAAACGUGCUCAGACUUUCCAUGGCCGGGCAGGAAACACUGGAGACGCUCCAAGAAAUGGACAAUGCGGAAAGAGAGGAGUUUGUUUUUAAACUUGAUUUUCCCCUAUAGGACCCCCCGAUUGAACAGAGACAUCUGCUGAUUGGUUGGUUGUGUCGUCUAAUCCGAGCUUCAUGAAACUAAAAGGAAUUUAGCUGAAACGGAUUAAAGUUUAGCUUCUUCGAACACAGUUUACCUGCUAGAAUCCUAAAAUCUCCAUCAUAGAGGUUUUUUUUUUGUUUUUGUUUUUUAACACUCUCUUCCACUUUUGCACAUUUGAAACCGAUGUUCGUGUUUUGAUCACAGAUGAGUCGUGACUUUGGUCCCAGUGAUGUGUUUGGCCAUUUUCAAAUGGGUGUGGUCGUUAACGGUGCUACCUGUAGGCUUAUUGAAAUUCCACUUAUACAAGUGCCAUUUUUUUAUAUAUAUAUAAAUAAUGACCCGAUGCCCAGCGAUGACUUAGGACUGUUUAAUCCUGUCAUACAGGAGCUUUUUACCCUUUGGGCAGAUGUGCGUUGUGGUUGUCCUUGUUUCCUGCUUAUUUCAAAGAUAGAUUUUUCUCCUACUGUCUUUUAAUAUAGAAAUCUUUGGAGCUGAGGUCUAAAUAUCGAUGUAUGUUGUAAGCAUACAGUUAGCGGGUGAAUUGGGACAGUAGCUAUCCUGUUUGAAUGAUCGCCGCGUUCGAUCCCUCCUUAUGCCGUCCAGCAGCAAGCAGUCGGUGCAAAUUCCCCACUUCCUGCACAUGCAUGAAAGCAAUAGAAAAACUCGUUUAAGGGGCGAUUGAAAGGUUAGAUUCGUUUUUAAGUUAUUUUUCUUUUACCUGGUGCCCUCCGCCACCCCUCUAAUAUCACCCUGGGCAAGAGCCCACAUGACACCAAUCAAAAACGGUCAUCGAGUGGUGGCCUAAAGCACGGAGGCGCAGAGAAAUGAGCAUUAAUGGCAUGUACCCUGCAGGGAAAGUAUUUUAACUCGGUUGACAUCUGUGCAAUGCUAACGAUAAAAAUAUCAAUUCAGUUUCUAAACACUAAAUAUUUUCAGCUAAAACCCGGCAUUAUAGUGACGCUGUUGAUCGUGUUAACCUUUGAAUGCACGCCGGCACCGCUCACAGUUUACGAAGUCACAACGAUUGGCAGCUUUCUGUGCCUGUUUUUUAUAGAUUUAGACGCCAUUCUGGUGAUGCAGUGUUUGAGUCCGAUUGCAUGCAGGCUCCCCAAGAAAGGCCGGGUGUGUAAAAUGAAGCGUUCCCCCCACCCACCCAAGCACAGGAACCUUUUACAUUUAUUGUUUGUAAAAUAGCACAGUUUGUCUACAUGUGGGUGAAGUGUCAUUGGUAAGGUGUGGCACGGGUGCGUUACAAAUGUGUGUUUGAAUGAAUGAGCAGCUAUUUGAGUGAUUUAACACUGUUAAUGAAGACUUGUUAUCUACACGCACUGACUGGGAGAGCGUCUGUCGCACUGUUUUUUUUUUUUUUUUUAAUCUCAUGACACCGCUGCUCUAUUUUAGUAUUGUUUGUUUAGAGGAAAGAGCAAGUGGUUAAAGAUUAACCUCAAAGUGAAAUAAAGUUUCAUGGAACAAUAAA